ACCCAAACGUUUAGAUGUCAAGAAGAAGAGUAACACUUCAUUGGCUUGUUGUGCCUGCCAGCUAACCUAAACAGAGAUUUAAUCUUCAGUAUUGUACAGUGUGAGUGUUUUCUAUGAGAAGAGGACCAUGUCUUCCCGGGCUAUGCGAAGGCUGAAAGGGAAACAGCGGGGUCAGGAGGCCUUGGACCUCGGGGAGCUAACUUUGGGUGACAGUCCGGAGGAGCAGGCUGGUGCUGAAGAAGAGGAGCAGCUGGACACGGCUAACGUUUCUUCUCCUCCGACCAACAGAAAAUCCAACAGCCGAAAGUCAAAGAAAAACAAGGCACAGAAAAACUUCAGCAACAUUUAUGAACUGGUAAGAGGUGGUACACUACCCUUAUCGUGUUACUUUAAACAUGGUGGUAGGAUUUGUUUGUUUUUCUGCCAAAUGACAGUAAGUGUCUGAGCAUGAAACUUGCUAACACCUGCUAACGCUGUGGUGUCAGCUCAUUCCCAAGUUUAUCAAAGAUUAACUCAAUUCAGGGUCAAAGAAAGGGUCAAGUUUGUCUGCUGCGUUGAAAAAUUGCUGUAAAUUUUGAUUAAAGUUUGGACACUUAAUAUUGACAACUUGUCAAGUCAAGUUGCUUGCAGUUUUGCAGUCACCAAAUCAUUUCCUUGAGCUUAAGCUGCUGUGAAGUAAGCUGUACUAAAAUGUGUCAUAAUAAUAAAAAAGUGAAUAACAUUUUUAUGGAUGGAAGAUUGUCUGCGAGUCACAUUACAGAGGAAUUUCCCGUAAGGGAUAAAAUGAAGUUAUUUUUAUUCUCAGUUAUUCUUGAAUGUGACUUCAAGUCACUCUCUCAUUGCUUUAUUAACUGUAAUCUGAAAUCUGCAGAGGCCCUGAGCAGACAUGAAUCUCUACAUUUUAUCUGCUCUAUUGUCCAUUUCACUUUCCUUUUUGACUUCAGAUGAUUAUAACUUGUGUCCUUAGAGUUGUGAAGCAUAAAAUAAUCCUAAAGAAAGUAGUUUAUCACCUCAGUUGUGUGAGGAAUGGCAACAUGGUGUCUCCGACUGCAUUUUUUUUUCUAGUUUGCCAGAAAAGGAUCAUUUUAUCACUAGAAAAAAGCUUUUGUUGCUCGUGUUAAUGAAAUAAAUUAUUCUGUAAAAAUGAGAGAGCCAGCUUUGUUAAAGGUAAUAACUGAAUAUUACUUGAUAUUAUUGGAAACAGAGUAUAUAAAGUCUGUGUGUUAGCUCAGAACUUUUCAGCAUCUAUUGAAUCAUGUCCUAGAUUUAAAACAGAGAGAGAAUAUUUAGUUUUUGAACCGUAGGUUAUUAAAGGUAUACAUUACGCUUGUAUGAAGUCCUAAACGUAUGAAUGGGUUAUUCCAGUGGUUCUUAAGUCCAGUCGUCGAGGCCCACUGUCCUGCAUGUUUUGGAUGUUUCCAUGCUCCAACACACCUGAUUCAAAUGAUCAGCUCGUUAUUAAGCCAUUACAGAGCUUGAUAACGAGCUGAUCAUUUGAAUCAGGUGUGUUGGAGCAGGGAAACAUCCAAAACAUGCAGGACAGUGGGCCUCAAGGACUAGAUUUGAGAACCACUGGGUUUUUCCAAUGGGUUAUUCACCAACAUACAAACUGUACAAACUCAUGAAGGACUCCACUCAUUACUGUUAAGAAUAUUGUCUAUUCUUGCAACAAACCAUCAAGAAUCUCUGGUUCACAACAUCUGCUGUAUGUGUAAUUUUUUACUGUCUUUUUGAUUACACAACUUUUCCACCACUUGUAGUUUUAGUAUCAGUACUGUCAGUCCAGGGCAAGACAUAGGGAGAAGUUUAUUGCAGUGUUUUUAUGCUGUGAACCUCCAGCUUACUCUUGGCAUUGAUAAUUUCACCUCACUUUCUUUGCAUUUUCUGAUUUUUUUCCCCAGAUCUGUGAUGCUGACAAUGAGGCAGAGAAAAUGUCUCCUGAUGAAGAGACAGAGAAACGGGAAGAAAAUCAAACAAGUGGCCCUGAAAAAAAAGAUAACAGAGAUGCUGAGAAAUCAGAGGAGGCCAAUUCAAAGGUAAAUCAUUGAAACUGUGUAAAAAUGUCUGUCUCUGGUAUUUUUAAUCAGCACAACAAAAUUACAUCUUUGUUUAUAAAGACUUAUUAUUUCUCUCUUCUAAACAGUCUUUGACAGGAGACAGAGUUAAAAAGAAGAAGAAAAAGAAAAAGGCGAAAGUGACACCGGAGAGUGGUCAGGUACAUGGUUUGAGACUUGAUUCUUUACUUCCAUUUAUUAGACUGUAAUUGAUAGAGGAAAAACCACAACAGUAAUCGAGUUGCUGAUUAUUGUGAAUGUCAGUGCAUUUGUAAUGACAGCGUCUAAUAAUCAAUAUAAUACAACAAACUUCAUUCCUUGUGUUUAUUUUUUUUAAAUGGACCUCCAGGAGGCUGCGGCGGAUGAUGACAUUGAUUUACUACUACAGAACAUGAGCCAGUCUAAUGGUUUCAGCUUGCAAAAUGAAGAUUGUGGAGCCUUUGACAAGAAACCAGUGCUGCACGUGGAGCACAGGUAAGGAGGCUGACUUCCCAACAUGUAGGAAAAUAAACAGAUUAUAAUCAAAGAUGUCAUGACUCAUCACACUGGUAGCCAGUAGCCAUUCUAAGUUAGGUCUAGACUAACUUCACUUGAUUAAGUUGGUGAAUAAAGUAAAAGAGAGGCCUCACAAAGGUAUAUUCCCCCUGUUAUUCUUUUUGACACCACAUGGGGGCACUUAGCUCACAGAAGAGGACGCUAUUAUGAAAAAGGCUGGAUGCACUACAGUGAAUUUCUGUCUUUUAAAAUGAGGCAAAUUGUUCCUCAAACUUCUUAACAAGUGAUAUCAAAGCAGACCCUUUCAGUCUGAUGGUAAACUUUUACCUACCGCUUAAAUACUGGGCAAAAACAUUUUUUUUUUUACAUACAGAAACUUUGAAACACCCUCUGUACUCAUUUCAUAUACACCAAUCAGUCACACCUAUGAGGACCACCUGUGUAAUAGGUCCAUAUGCUCCCUUCUUGGCAGCGAAAAGACAUAGACUUCACCAGACCACUGAAUGUGUGCUGUGGUAUCUUGCACCAAGAUAGUAGCAGCAGAUCCUGUAAAUCCUGGAAGUUGGGCAAUCGGGCUUCUGUGGAUUGGACUUGUUAAUACAUCACAAAGAUGUGUCAUUUUUUUCCACUGCUCCAUGGUCUGGUUUGGCAGCUCAUUUGCUUUUGGUGGUAAACAGGGAUCAACAUGGGCACUCUGACUGGUCUGCCCCAAAAGCAACAAACUGGUGUCUGACACCUUUCUGUCAGAAUCAGCCUUUUUAAGCAUCAGUAGCUGUUCUGUGGGAUCCCACCACAUAGACAAGCCAUUCCCUUCCCUUCCACUCUUCAAAUUCCCUUUGCCAUCCAUGACCUUGUCACCUGUUCACCGAUGUACCCUUCUUUUGACAAUUUUUGCGACUAAUACAAGAGCUGCGGUGUUGUAAAUACUCUGAACCAGCCAUUGGUCCCAGUUGAGGUGUUCACAUCCUCAUGCUCAAACGAUUUUCCACUUUCUAUACAUCCACAUAGAGAAAAAGAUGCUCACUGUCUUCCUAUCAUACGCACUGAUGGGAGACGUUUUAAAGAGAUAGUCAAUGUCAUUAAGAGACAGUUCACGUUUUGGCUGAUUGGUGUAUGGAAACGAGGGUUUUUCUGUGUGCAGGAAUGAAUUGAGGCACGUGAUGUAAUUUAUGAUAGAAAUGUAGUUGUAAAACCCUUUCCUUUAUUUAUUUUAUUUUACUCUGUUUUUGUCACUGAACACAAUAAACUUUAAGAUAAGAUAAAAUACUCCUUUAUUAAUCUCACAAUGGGGAAAUAAAUGCCAUUAUAAAUCCACGUGCAUGCAGUAAACUACUUGAAUUUAUUGUUAUAAAUGCAUGAAACAAAAGGCAAACUAUCAAACAAGGUACAGAUAAAGUUUUGUACAAAUACAGGCAUUAACUCAAAAGUUGAAUACUGCUUGCUCAGUUUGGUAAUGCUUUGAAUCACUCUUGAGUUUUAGAAUAACAUGACAAAAAUGUGUGAAGUGUUUCAGUGAAACAUGUUAAUUUAUUUCUCGUGUGCUGUGUUGCUUUUGCAGAGUCACACUGUUAGAUAUCCAUUUAAGACAUUUCUUUUUUUUCUUUCCUGCACCUCAUUAUCAGGAAUCUCAACCCUGAGACGGAGCUGAAGAGGUAUUUCGGAGCCCGAGCUGUCCAAGGGGAUCAAAGGUGCAUAUACAUAAAAGAAAUAAAUGAGAGAUUGUCUAAAUUUUUCAUUUGACAGCAUUUGUAUCAAAACAAUAACAGGUCUCAUGCCUUUUCCUUUUCUUUUUAAACUCUUUUAGCAGACCCCGACAGAGGAACAGACAGUUUCAUCGCAGCGCCUGGUUGACCAGUCCUAAAGACAGCUGGCCUCGAUUUAGCCGCCCAGGUAGUCUUUCCACUCAUGGUCAUGUGAACCAUUUACAAAUUCAAAGAUCUGCCUUUUGUUGAUUUUCCAAGUUUUUUUUUUUCACAUAGAUCAGCUCAAUAGGAUUAAAAAAGUAAGAAAAGUGCCGUCCUAGUGGAGGAAAAUUUCAUUCCAGCACUCACACACUCAAGCAUGCUCCUAUUUAAAAUGUUAUUACAAGUCUUAUGUUUGUUUUUACUGAGAUUAAACUUGCUUUAUCACCUCAUACAGCAAAUUUACAGCAAGUCCGAUCUUUUAUGUUUUUCUUUUAUCAGACAUAAUUCAUACUGACUAGAGCAUAGAUAGUUUCUCAUACAUCCAUAUCUUUCUGUAUUUGGUCAUCUCAAAGCAACACAAACAGCAAUGAUUCAGUCGACAAAGCUCCUUUCAUUUUAAAGACAGAGUAGGCUGUAUGAUGUUUUAGUUGUGACACACACAACAUCAGAAGACUUAUUCAUUGCGUUCCCUCUGAACGUCACCAUUGAUGUGUUGUGUAACUUCUGUUUUUUUUAUUUUUUAUUCACGUUUAGGCUUUAUUUAAUCCAUAUCAGAACACCAAGUCCAAUACUUCAACAUUUAUCUUCUCACUCAGGCUGCCUCUUUGUUAUGUUCAAGCCAAAAUAUAAAAAAAAUUCUAUUAAAACCUUUUAUCGUCUUGGAAUUAUGAUGGUCAUCACUCUUCAAAUUUCUGAUGUGACAUGAACUCUAAAAUCCACGUUUUCCAAAAUCUUGUUCAGAAACCUCUUUGUCUUUCAGAGGACGUAAUUUAUAGCCAUUAUAGCACGGUUUUAAAUAUACCCGAUAAAUGAGUUUUUUUGUGCUCUUGGUGGAAUAAUACUGUUCUUUUUGAAAAACAUGUUAAACUGCAGACAAACACACUGUUUAACUAUUGCGGACCAACUUACUUAAUAUCAGUCAGCUGUUACAGUCACUCUCUGUCUAUGAGUAACAGAAAGUUACCAUCUUUUCACAUCUUUACAGAACCAGUUGAAACUGGAACGUGAAGUCUUUUAGUCAAACUCUUCAUGAAUGUGAGAGUCUUUUACACUCUGAAACUGGAACCUUAUCUUUCCUGUGAUUAUUCGUUUUCAGUCCUCUUAGUAUCUGUUGAAUAACUCUACCUUGUGUUACUUUGUCUCCACAGGAGUCUCAAUGACCUUAUCGCAAUCAAAGGAUGGCAUUCAGUACUUUGCCUUUGAGCACAGCCGGGACUACCAACAAGUGCAGUUCAAGUUUCUGGAUGCUGUGGAGUCCAUGGAUCCCAACAACAUUGUGGUAAAUUAAAAAAAAGUUCCUCUCUGGGGUGCCGUUGGAUUUCCAUCCCAGCGUUGACGUAGCCAGAGAUGUGUAAAAUAGCGGAUGAUAUGGGAUUGCAUGAAUGACCUUAUAGAUGUGGUGGAUCAUAUUUUCAAAAAAGAUCUUUUCAUCUUUUGACCUAGCAUGAAACCUCCCUCUGAAAUCAUCAGAGGUGAUCUUGAGGACCUUUUUUUAUACGAAGCAGGUUUAGACUUUAGAGAGAUAUUCCUUUAUUCGUCCCACAAGGGGAAAUUCCAAAUUUACAGCAGCGAUAGAUACAAAAGGGAAAUGAAAAUUGAAGAAACUUAGGAGUUAAAAAGUGUAAAAAAUAUAAAACGCUUCACGCUUUAUUUGUAAGAUAUGACGGCUGUGAAGUAAGCUCACUGCUGGAUUUUUUUCUUUCCGACUUCAAGAAUUAUUCAAACAAUUCAUGUGUUUCUGCAAAGUCAUGAUCAUACAUAGACUCUGCAUACUGUGGUGGCAUUUUACAGACGCGUGCUUUUGAAUAUGUUGACAAAUGGAAGAAAAAAAUAGAAACAGUUCUGGCGAUCUUAUCACGAUAGUUUUCUCAUUCUGUUCAUGAUGAAAAAACCCAAGCAUCUUCCGGCAUUUCUUUUUUAACUUAAGGGGAAAAGUUGCAUAGAGGACAAAGAUUUAUGUAUGUAUUUUUUUUAAAUCUUCAUCCUCAUGUUUCUGAGCUCCGUUUUUUAUUUGUUUGUUUGUUUUUCAAGAAAAAAAAAAUAAACUGUUAAAAAGAGUUUUUGACUUCAUUCCAUUUCACAGCCGUUAUUUUUCCGGCUGUAAAGAGAUUGAGAUUUUUUUUUUAAUGAUUUAUUCCUGAUUUUUUUUCUAUGAUUUUUUGUCAUUUAGAAUUGAUAGGGGGAAAAAAAACAACUUUUCGACGGGUGAAAAUGUGACUUCUAAUUGUAGCUGCCACACCUCAAACUGUUGCUUUUACUUAUGAAUUAGUCUGUUUCUGAUAAAAUGAAUGUAUAAACAUACAAAUGGAAAAAAAUAGCAGGGAUAAAAGAUAACUUGCUAACAAAUAAAUAUCAAGAUUCUGCGGAUUUACAAGGACUUUUUUUCUUACCAGUGACUCUGUGUUUUCUUGGUAACCACAUGAUCGAUGUUAAUUCAUUUUUUACCCACACCGUACAUCUUUAUUCACCUCCCUCUGAAUAUACAUGAUCUGCUCUGGUGUUUUAGCUCUGCCAUUUCAGCCCUUCUCUCUUGUCUUUUUCUCUUCAGGCCCUGCUGCAGCUGAACCCGUACCACAUCGACUCCCUGCUGCAGCUCUCUGAUGUCUGCCGCAUUCAGGAGGAUCAGGAGAUGGCCCGGGAUCUCAUUGGUGAGCGUCUAUGUCUGAAUUUGUUAACAACAUGACUUCUAAAACAACAACAUCACUGUUAAUGUAUAUCAAGAGCAGUAAGAUGCACAAUAAGUCCUCCAACUGUGAAUUAAGAAAUGAAUCUACCGAAUUGAUGUUGGUUUGAAACACAAGCUCUUUCUUUUCUCAGUGUAAUUCUUUUACCAAUUUUUGGCAUGAUCAUGAAAUAAUGCAGUCCCUCUUUGACAUUAAUGCUCUCUAGUGGUUUCAUAGUCUGUGUUUUCUCAUGGAUAAGCAGACCGGGCACACAGAGUAUAGUUUUCAUUAUUAGUUCAUCACUUUCUUUGCUCUUAAGAAAGGAUUCAUCCUUGAUCCCUUUUUAUUGAGCGCAUUAAAAAGCUUUCUUCCACUCUUAAAACAUGUCAGUGGCAGAUCAAAGGCAGCAAAAUUUGGUACUAAUCCUAUUCAGUAAAAAUUUCCUAAUUGAAUUACAUGUCAUUGUUUUAAAUAACAAACACGAGGCAAAGUCGAAUACUGCGUUCAACUGUUUAAUUUUUUGCUAUUUGUAAAAUACUUGGAAAAAUGUGGAUUCUCAACAGGCAUCUGUUGAAGCAUCUUUCCUAAGGUUAAAAGGAAAAUUUAUAAAAGUAAAAAGAAGAUAUUGUAGUGUUGUUUUAAAGAGAGGGAUCAGUUUUCGUUUUUUGCACAACAAUAUUCAACAGUUUUGAGAUUUGCUUGCACGGCUCAUCUCAAAAUUUUGGGCAGUUAUUGAUGAAUAAUUUCAUCCUAGUAUUGACCUGUUAAAAUGACUCAAGAUGUUGUUAUCUAAAUCAAUGAAUGUGCAUUUUUUUGUGCUAUUGGACAAAAAGUUGUCAUUAAGAAAUUAGAGUUUAUGCACGGUAGGAAAAAGAAAGACAGACAGACAGACAGACAAUGUUAAUAUGUUGAUAGCAGCCUCAGGCAUUACAGCUUUAUUACAGGCCUGUCUGUAAUAGGAUCACCAAAAUGGUUGAUAUGGAAACCCAAAAGGAUCAUCUAACAAAAGAGGACUAGUCUCAUUUCUGGUUUAAUAACAUCUCCUGAAACUGGCAUGAUAGGGAAAGGUGAUUCAGUUUUUAAUUUUUGUUUUAAUGAUGCCACAAAUCUGCAAGUGAGAGGCAGCAAACUAAACAGAUUCCUCCACAAGCACGAUUGUUUUGCUUUAUUGCGUAAUGCCUCGGUGAGAGUGACCUGAUAUGAUCUUGCUUCUUCUAAAAUGCUGUAUCUUCAUCUAUGUGAAUAAAACUAGUAGAACAUUGCCUGCAAGCUCGUUCAGGCCGUUAAACCAGGCUGGACGAGCUUUCACAAUCAACAUGCGUCACUGCGACAAUCACCUGACCAACAUAGCCUUUGAAUUUGUUGAUCUGUUUGUGCUGUGAGAUUCCCCGUCGCGGCCUCUGCCGUCACUACUCCUUACAAACACUGAGCUCAUAUUUUGAGCCCAACCCCCUGCAGGCUCCAUCGAAUGAGGUUUAAGAAAGUGUAAUCUCUUCUCAAAUUUUUGCAAGUUUAAUAAAACUGUGAGGAGAUGAGGUUGUGGCCCAAGACACCAAACAAAGUGCUCUGCUCUGCUCAAAUACCAGAUUCAACCAAUCUAAUGCAAGAUAUCUGACUGAAAUAUGCUAUCACUGCUCUUAUUCUGAUUUAUUCUUCUAGAGAGAGCCUUGUACAGCUUUGAGUGUGCCUUUCACCCUCUCUUCAGUCUGACGUCAGGUGCCAGCAGACUUGAUUAUCUAAGACCAGAGAACAGGUUGGUUCCUCCUCAGUCCUCCAGCAGGGUUCCUGCGCAAGUAUAGAAAGUGUGGAAAUAAAUUUGAUCAAUUUCCAGGUCUUAAAAAGUAUGAAAUAUGAAAAAUAAAGUAUGGAAAAAUAUUUAUGUUUCCAGACUACUACCACAGUUCUAAAAUACUGUUUUCUACAAAAGAAAAGUAGGUAUUUCCAAAAGUAAUUGUAAAAAUGAGGGUAUGGGAAAGUAUGGAAAUUCCAGCUGUGUAGGAACCCUGCUCCAGUCUUUGCUUUUCUUUUGAGUCCCUUCAUUUUUGAGAUGUUGGAUCCCUGCAUUACAGUAUUUAUGUUUUAGCUGAUACCAUUAUCUCUGUUGUAGGGCUUUUUAUCUGGCUCUUUACAAACACAUGAUGUUCCUUGAGAAGAGAGGAUGUCCACGAACAGCUUUGGAGUACUGCAAACUGAUCCUGAGGUAAAUGGAAAAAAGGGUUUUACUCUAAAGAAAGGAAUUAUCUUAUUACAUAAAAAUAAACAACAUAACAAGCGUGCAAAUGUGAUAGAAAUACAUUUGAACAAAGAAAAGGCAAAAAAGAGAAGAAAAAUGUACAUACAAAUUGAAAGACAAGGAUCAAUAGAGUUUUUAGGGUCUUUGAUUUAAAAACUAGAUUAAUCAAACAGUAACUAGUGUUUUUAAAAUGUCAGCGUACAUGUGAUAGAGUAUAUAAAGGGGUGUGAAUACAGCUUUACAUUCAUCUGGCUUUUCACACUUCAUCAUUAUGUUGUGCUACAUUUCAAGCAAGUACUUUAUUCAGUAAUAAUUAGCCUCACUCUUAGUUUAUCAUGUAACUUCUUUAUCAGGCAUUUGAUUAGAUUUUUUUCAUUGUACAUAACGAAUGUAUUUAUUUUUUGGGAAAGUGGUCAUCCAGAACCUCCAACACAGUAUGUAAAGCUAAAAAAUGAAUAUGAUAAGCCGAAGCGGGGCGUUGAAAAAGAAGAACUCUAUGACAGGCACGACAUACUGAAGAGUGUGUCUUUAAUGUUAAAGGAAGAUAGAUAAGUUGAUUCUUUUCUGUGAGGUUGUAUGAGGUACGCCUCAAUGGUGUAUAAGCCACAGGGACCUCAGUCAGCUCGGCCCCUUUGUAAAAAGAAAAAAAAAAAAAAAACAGUCGGGGAAUCAGAACAGAUGCUAAGCCAUCAGCUUGUGUUGACUUGGUCCAUUCUCUUACAUAAUUACGCUAAUUUGACCAAAUCCUACCCGAAUUUUCAAGUUGUUUGAUGUCUUUGUUCUGAGGUUAUGUCAUCAUGUUUGAAAAAAUUUGUGCAAACUGAAAACUCACUCUGAAGAUUCAUUUCAGUAAGGUCUUCUGAAUGUUUCAUUUUCAUUCUCACACAUACACAUAUGAUACAUAUCCAGACAAUAAGGAAAAUAAAAGAUGAACACAUAUACAGUAUGUUAGAAUUUCAUAAAGGGUGGUUACAUCUUUAUAUUGUUAAGAGUUCAUGUCCCAAACAAGGUUCAAAACCUGAGCCUUUAAUGGUAUAUCUGAUCUUCUCCAAUUUGAGAUGGCACAUGACUUCCCUUAUCUGAUGACUAUGUGUAGGUGGAUGUAAACAAAGUCAGUCUCCUGGCUAAAAGAAAACAGACUGACAACAUGUUGUUUUAGACCUGCCGAGAGGAGUAUUUACUGGGGUCACAUCAAAUUAAACGUCUGAAAAUUCAAGAUUGUGGGUAAAGAUAAGAUAAUAUAAGAUCAGAGAGGAGAGUACUUUUUGAGCCCCAAAAGAGAAAUUCAGUAGAGAAGAACUUUGAAACGGAGCGCAUACCUACACUGGCUCUGAUAUUUAAAUCUGACUGUUUUGUUAUCAGCUAAAUUAUCUGGUAGCAUUAACCCCGUCUGCAAAAGUUGGUUGUCCAGCUCCUGUUCUGAUUAUCUGGCCCAUCUCUCAGUAGAGCUGAUCAGUAUCUUUGGUGGGUAUUACAGUCACUAUUAACAAGUACCUUGUACAACAAACAUCCCUUUGAGCACGCCAAACAUCUUGUCGCAGUGACUGUUUUUGCAGCAUAUCUUCAAUUAUUGAAAUCUGGAUUCUGAACAGGCGACAGACGAAUUGUUAUCACCAAUUAUGUUUUUAUUUCCCAACAAGUUAAGACUGCUAGAAUCACAUUUUUAAAGUUUUAAUCAAACCCGGAUGGUGAAAUUGAUCAGAUAAUUUUCUAGUAUAAGACUAGAUAAGAUACUCCUUUAUUAGUCCCACAAGGGGAAAUUCCCACGUAUAGUAUACCAUUUAUGUAAACUGAAUUCCCCUGAAAGCCUGUCCAUAGAAACAGCUUUCUGUAUACAGUAUCUAAAUGUAUCUUUUUAUACAUUUAAUACCCUCUGGUGUGUCUGCAGGGUGGUGCAGGAUGAACAACCAGGCCUUCUGUGAACCUGAUAAAGAUUUGAUUAUACUCCUUGAAUGGAUUUUACUUCAUUUCAAGUGUUGGAAAUUUUGAUUGAGAAGAGAGAGAAAGUUUCAGACAAGGUCAAAGUCGACAGUAGAAGUUUUGACUGUUUUUCAGGAACUAUACUGAUAAUGUAAUUAGUCUGCAGUUUGAAGAAGUUCUUUGAUAUAAUAUAGCUCUUAUCUAAAGAUACUUGAGGCAGUGAUUCUUUGUGGUCUGUUUUAUUUCCCUGCUGAUCUCAGGCCCUGUAUGAAGAAUAUUUUGACCAAAUAAUGUCAUCCUGCUUUCCUUUAACAGUCAAAAGUAUCAUUUAUUUUGAAGUGGAAAAUAAAAAGAAAGGCUGUCUUGGCUAUAUGCUAUCGAUGAGCUUUUCUGUUGUUAACAGCCAUUAUAUUAUACAGGUAAUGUCAGUCUCCCCACUGAUGGUCUGAUUUGCUUUUGUCGGCCAUAAAGAAGCUUCAUAAUUGAUUUCAGUCAGGUUCAUAACCAGAGGAUAACUUUAAAGAAAAUAGUUAAAUAAGAAAUAAACGUGAAAGAAAGCAAAGGAAAAAACAAGUUUGCCCUUACACUCUGUUCUGUUUUCUGUUUAGUUUCUUUAUUUCAAAAGGAUUAUGUAAGAUCACAUCACGUUUUUGCUCAACAAGAAGAAUAUUUUCCAUGAUAAAAAGCAACAGAAGCAUCAGUCUUUAGGCUUGGAAGAUUUCUCUGGGGUUUCAGUGGUUCCCACAGGAUGGGAAUGUAUUUGUGAUUUAGGGGGAUGGAGGAAGUAAUCUGCUCUGUGAUCACAGACGACUACUCGUCAAUACCCUGCGCUUGCGCCCCGUGGCGCAGCGCCCGUAUGCGCCACAUAAGCUGGUACAUACUGAGUCUGAGGUAGCGCCAAAAGCACAAAAAUCUUUAUUUGGCAUUUCGCCACAAAUAAAUGAAUGUGUGGGUUUGUCUUCUGUAAAUGUUACUCCUGUUCAGGCAGAGUCCAUGUUAGUUUGUCUGCUGUGUGAAAUAGUCACCACAUGCUUUAUACAACUAGGACCACUGAUCAGUGAUCAAAGAAGAACCCCAAAAUAUGAGUUUGAAAGAAGAAAAACAACUGAUCAUGUUUGAGUCUUACUAGCUCCUGAUACUGACUGAAAAGAUGUUUAAUCAAAGGCAUUUUCAUUUGAUUAUCUACCGAUAAACUGUGACAUGUAUGCAAUGUAAACCAAUGGAAGACUGUGCUGGUCUGAGAUGUUACUCAUGAUAAUGUGAUCUGGACUGGUAACAAAAUUCAGUAUUCAAAUCUCUGGAUAAAGCAUAAAACCUUCCAUAUAAUACUACCAUAGAUAACAUUCACAUAAGAACAGUGUUCCCACGCACUGCUGCCAUCAGUUUGCUGCAGUUUAAGCAGUUCAGCUCGCUCAUACUCAGAGCUUAUCUCAGGCUUUGAUCAAACUCAGGCUGCCUGACCCCAUGACAGUUGUGUUCUGGUCUUUUUGCGAGGCAGCACUGUGGUAAUAAAAGCUGACAGCUGUCGCUCUAUGAUCACCAGGGAUUAAAUCACUGUUAGUUUAUAAAAUCCAACAUGAAUUUACCCUAAAAUUUUAAACAGAUAAAGAGGAACCAGACACACAAUGUCAUUAGAGCUGCCAACUCCCCUCUGUGUAGAGAUCAGCUAAAAUUCAGAGCGAGAAUCAGCUUUAAUGGCAAGUAUGUGUGCUCAUACAAAGAAUUUAACUGCAGUAAACUUUGCCCUCUGUGUACAAAUAUUUAACAAAAUAUGUAUAAGAUGCAAAACACAUGUCAACUUAUAUAUACAGGACUGUUAUGGCAGUAGUGUAAUGAUGAGGGGUGGAGUAGAGUGAUGAUUGUUUUAAAGGGAUAUUCCGGCGUAAAAUUAAUUUAGGGUCAAACACACUGUGACACCGAGUUAGACACCCUCUCCAGAGAUGAGUGUUGCCGACUGCUUGCUUCUCUAGUUAUACCAACUUAAGUAACGACCGUACAAUAGCAAUACACCGCGUCUGAGGAGCCAUAAACAAACCUCAACCAAAACGCCACUCUAUAGCCACAAAUAAUGCUUAGAACAGCACCUAACUUCAUCACCAGUACAUAUAGGGUCCCAGCCACAGUACUAGCCACCAAACAUCUUUUUAGCUUUGGCUAAUUUCUUUAGCAAAGAGACUAAACACAACUUACCUACUCUCUUUCAGCAGCCACUUGUUUGUAGGGAGACCUCAGACGAGUCCAUUGGGGACUACAGCGGGGUGACGCAGCUCAAGGAAGAACAUUUAUGGUCAUUUCUUCAUGGAAGUGCAAUCAGACCUAGAUGCUAAGGCAGAAGAACCAUCACGUCUGCAGUGCAAAAUGAUAAAUAUGGUGAUUUUUAAUUCAAGGAAAUGAUAAAGAAAUUUUCAUAAAUGUUCUUCCUUGAGCUGCGUCACCCCGCUGUAGUCCGUAAUGGACUUGUUUGAGGUCUCGCUACAAACAAGCAGUUGCUGGAAGAGAGUAGGUAAGUUGUGUUUAGUCUCUUUGCUAAAGAAAUUAGCCAAAGCUAAAAAGAUGUUUGGUGGUUAGUACUAUGGCUAGGACCCUAUAUGUACUGUUGAUGAAGUUAGGUGCUGUUCUGAGCAUUAUUUGUGGCUAUAGGGCGGCUUUUUGGUUGAAGUUUGUUUAUGGCUUCUCAGACCACUGUGUAUUGCUAUCGUGUGGUUGUUACUUAAGUUGGCAACAUUCAUCUCUGGAGGGGGUGUCUAACUCUGUGUUACAGUGUGUUUGACCCUUAAUUAAUUAUGCGCCAGAAUAUCCCUUUAACUACACUAUAAACAUUAGAAAUUAAUGGAGCCCAUCAGUUUUGACUUAUCAUACUCACACACCACUGGUUGCAGACAGUAGGAACCGGUGGGAACACACUCCACCACUCUGAAUUUUGAGAUGAGACUUUUAGAGAUGAGAUAUUUUGCUGGUCUACUUUUCAUCCAGUUCCUGCUAAUCUUGCCUGUGAUCUUAUGUACUUCCUUCUCAUUAGCUUGGACUCAGACUCUGACCCGCUUUGCAUGCUUCUUCUAAUCGAUUUCCUGAUGCUGCGCUCAAGAGAGUACCAGUCCCUCCUUCAGUUAUAUCAGGACUGGGAGGUAAUUUUUUUUCUCAGCACAUAUUUGAAGAGAACUGUGUGUGGGUCCUGCAGUGCCAGGUUGGUGCUAUAUUGUCAGUCUGGUACAAAAGUGUUUGUUCAUGUGUUGCAGGUGCACAGAAACCUGUCCCAGCUGCCAAACUUUGCUUUUUCUACUGCACUUUGCCAUUUCCACCUCAGUCAGCAGGAAGACUUGGAUCCUGAAGAAAGUAGCAAACUGAGACACAAAGCUGACAUGAUGCUGCAGAGCGCUCUCAUCAUGUUCCCUGGAGGUUCGAUUGCAAACAUGAUUUAUCCUCGCUGGCUUUAUUUACACUGUUUACUCCAUGACUGAAAUGAUUCCCUUUCAGAUAUAAAGAGUUACAAAUUCAUUAGCGUAGGGGAAGUUGUAAAUGUGCAUCCCCCAAAUGAUGUUACUGUAAAUAUACUUCCUUCAGCGCUGAUGCCUCUGCUGGAUCUGUGCACUGUGCAGCCAGACGCCACAGUCACCUCACACGCCUUCUUUGGCCCAAGGAGUCAGAUUGGGUAAUGUAUGCUCCCUCUGUUUUCUACACUGUCGACAAUCCAGCGUUUAGUAACACUGAGACACUAAUUUAAUUAUAUACAUAUAUAUUUAUAUAUAAACAAUCCUGCAGUUUAGAUUUAUUAACCAGUAAUACAUAACCAUUAUGUGCAUCAAAUACUUGAAUAUCUUCCAGUCUUGUCAUAACCUUGUUUUACCCUCAUGAUGUAUAUUCAAUGUACUUUUUUUUUUAAUCUUUUCUGCUCGAACUCAAAAACUUUGGACUCAUCCUCCUCUCUCUACUUUGUGUUUCCAGGCAGCCUGCAGCGCUGGCUGAGCUGACAGCACUCUAUGUGGGGAGGACCUUCCUUCUGUGGAGGGAAGCGGCAGUCAUGCUGUGGCUAGAACAGUCUGUGACAGAGGUGCUGCAGCGAGUUGAUGCCAACGACCCACAGGUGGAGGAGUCUCAGAACAAGUAAGAUCUCACUGCCACAAUUGGACCUCUGAGCAGAAACGCUGAGUAUUUCACUGGUCUAUAUUCUGUCUGUUCCAGGAGAAAGCAGAGGUACCAGAGUGCACCGAGGAACAUCCACCGCCAUGUUCUCCUGUCAGAAAUCAAAGAAGCGACUUCGAGUCUGCCUCUAGUGAGAAACAAACAAGAAUCACUUAUAAACUACUGUUGUCGAAUCACUCAUUCAUUCAUAGCUUUGACAUUGUGUCAGUUUACUUAUGCACUCCUCGUAAAACAGGUUUUCAUGUUUAAACUACAAAUUGAUGAAAGAUAGUUCAUUACAAAUAGAACCCCCCCCCCCCCCCCCCCCUUCCCCCCAACUUUAUAUAUUGGUUCUGUCAGCUUCUUUCUGAAAUCGUGACCCUGGUUCAGCCAUAGAAUAUGUGAUUGGAAAAAAAAAAAAAAAAACACUACAAGGCCUCCUUUUUAAACACCUUUUAAAAAAGUUACAGGAACUUUUGUUAAAAAGUUGAGCAAGCAACAGCAAGAAGAAGAGAUCAUACUUUUAUAAACUUUGUAUAGAUUUAAACAAGGUUGGUUAACAUUAUUAAAAAAAUGUUCAUCUCUUUGUCAUCUCAAAGUUGGGCUACAUGGAAAACACUCUGAUAGAAAAAUUUUAGCUCAAUUUAUUUAAAACUGCGUGAAACUGGAUCACAAUCUAUAGGUAGACAUCAAAUUGGUAAAACCUGGAAGCAAAACUUGAACAACCAGCCUUCAGUCUUCCUCGCAACUUAACAGCAACAUACCUGCCAUGUUAAUACGCCAGUUGAAGUGGACAGGACCUACAUACAACUUUAUCUGUAUUUUCUGGAUCAAAAGUACUUCUGAACUGCACUGGGCUGCUGCAUGCUAUUUAUCAUCCGUAUUUAUUACAUAUAGGUGGUGUAUAUAGUAAAUAUGUUUAUUUAUAUUAUCAGUUAAUAAUCUAUUUAGCUAGCUAUUCUCGAGCUGGCUGUAAAAGUGACAAUGUUUAACUAUCUAGUUGACUUAGUGCGCACAUCCCCAUUCAUCACCCCUGGAGUGAACAUGUAUGAGAUCUUGCAUUACUGACUCAAUUCUUACUUUUUUGUUUGACUCCCUCAGGAGGUGACCAGUCAGCCUGUGAUGGGUUUUGACCCUCUGCCUCCACUGGACUCGGUGAUCUCAUACACCCGACCGGAGAGGUAAAGACGGAUCUGCACAUCUGUGCUUAUGAAAUUUCACAGUGCAUUCAAUGUCAGUGUAUUCACAAACCAACAUCUUUUUUAAUCAUCAUCAUCAGUCUGUUUCUUUUACUUAAAUGACAUGACUUUGUGUGUUGUACAGGCAGCAUGCCGGUGCGUCAAAUGAGAGCACGCUGUCCCUGUUUUUUCGAUCUUUGCUGCCAAACUUCAACCUUCAGGUGAGUUGUGUCAAACAGUCAAGAUAGAUUGGGUAGGAAUUUUAUUUUAGAAUAUUUAAAGAAGCUAAAUUUCCUAUCACUGAGUAUAGAUGUACUUGUAAGGGAUGGUAACUUUUGCACAUCAUGUCAAGAAGUCACCAUGAAUUUAACAUAUUUGUCUUGUUCAAAGCGAGUAACAACGGUUUACACUUGACCUUAAUAUCAUGAGCUCAUUCCUCUUCUAAUUAAAGAGCAAGCUGCAGUGGUGUCACUAAGAUAAAUGUUGUUCAUAAAAUAAAAACACUUAAAGAGACACUAAUGAAGAACCCGUGGUGUGGAUAUGGGCGAAUCAUGUGAUCAACUGCUGUGAGCGCUACACUCAAAGACGACUUAUUUUUAAGACUUUGUUUCAAAAAAUAACUCACUAUGAACUAAUUUUUCAUACUGUAUGAUACAGUCAUAAAUGAAUCUCCUUGAUUCUUAUAUUUCUCACCAGAUUUUUCCUUUCUUAUCAAAUGUUGAUAAGUCAUUACCAAAACAAGAUACACCAGUUUAGCAGAGAGAGUCCACAUACCUGAACUGCCUAAAGAGCUUGAAAAAUCUUGACUACAUCCUAAAGUGAUUGAACAUUUCCUACAGUAUCUGGGUUAGCUUGUACAGUUCAUCCCAUCCCACCAUUUCUUUACACUGCUGAAGAACAAAACUGUAACAAGAAACUUCAAGUUCGUGGCUCUGGCUUCUCUGUCUCUGUCAUGAAAUUGAAUUAAAUGCUCACAUUAUUUAUGGAGUCAAGCUACGAAAGAUAAAAUUUUAUGAAACUUUAAUGUGAUCUGUUUUGUACAAACAAAAUCCUGGUAAUAUGUUGGUGUUUCGGAGAGCACACUACUUAAACGUGAAGAUUUUGCAGCAUAUGAAAGAAAAACACUAGAAAGUAUAUUGUAUUCUUUCUAUGAUUUACAAAUGCAAAAUAAGAGCAGUAAUGAAAAGCUUCUUUUGCAUGUGGUCGAUUCUGCUGCAGGUCAGCAUUGGCCGUAUUUAGCACACAGUCCAAAAGUGCCUUUCUUUACUUUGGAUCAGGACAGCAUCUUUCUUCACAAAAUACUUAACAAGCAUGUACAGGACAGAAUUUCUAAAGUCAUAAGAUCUACAUUUUUGCCCUUAAGAAUCACUAAGGUUCCUCGCAGUUGCUCAAAAUAUUUCACAUCGUAACUCUCACACUGACUGUCUUUUAUACGAGGGGUAACAUGAAAUGUGGCCAAUGGGGGAUAAAAUCUGCUACACGGAGCAGCUUGUCCUGCAGACUAUUUUGCACGUGGAGAGUUUUACAGUGGAAAGUUUGAAAGAAUAGGUUCAUUUUUAGUCUUUGUUCUCCACAGUCAUUAAGUCUUUGAGCAGCACUCAGUAAAUUUAGUUCCUUCUCUUGGGCUUUGGUCAUAGUUGUUAUAAAGUUAUCUGGUAAGUUAGUUCCAAGAACUUGUUUCUCAAUUCUGAACCACACAUUCGAGUUUAGAUUUGUUUUGUUAAUGUUAUAGAUGCAUUCAUUUGUCAAAUAUGGGGUGAUGUCACUUUAAACCGCUGAGUCAUCUUUGAUUGUGUCCUCAGCAACAGAUGAGUGGAUACUUUUUCUGCCUAAUUACCCGUCCUGAUUUGCUUGAGCCUUCUUCUCUCAUAAUGGACUGCAGAUUAGCAGAUAUUAUGUGUAGGAGGACAUCCUGAAGAGACCAUAUGGCGAACACAUUUCCAUGCAGAGAAGCACAUAAAGAGAAGUAGUAGUACCGGUGUCUGUCCAAGUCUGAUGGAUCUGCUGUGUGUAUUAAUAGCUGUCCUCCCUCCUUUCUCUUCAGUCAUAACAUUGUACAGAACAAGAAGUCCCACACAUGAACUCACCUGAGGCCUUCACAUGUAAACAUUUUAUGAUAUCCGCUCUCAGAGCUACACGGCUUAAGCGGGCAGGAGCCAGUCUGAAAAAGUUAACGCUGUAGAAUUGCAUUGAGAGAUUGAUAACUCUUGCAAACAAAGAAAUAGAGCCCUAAAACUAUAGUGGUGAACUUGACUGUAGGGGUGUCCUGAUACAACUUUUUUACUUCUGAUACAAUACCGAUAUUGUAGCCUUCAGUACUGGCCAAUACUGAUAUCGUAGCCUUCAGUAUUGGCCGAUACCGAUAUUGUAGCCCCCAGUAUUGGCUAAUACCGAUAUUGAUCCGAUAUUGGAUCAAUAUUGUGCAUGACAAGUUUUGCACUCAGCUGCAACGUCUUUUUCAGAUAUGAAAAAUACUGUCACACGGCUGACAUCACUCCUACUCAUUUCUACUUUGUUAGUACCCUAGUACACACUGUUGUUGUGAUCACAUGGGCCCUGCAUGCUGGAUUCAGGCGCUGCUAAAGAGAGGUGCUGGAGCAGAAUCUGGAAUGGACUGCUUGUAUCGGCGUGCUGAUAUUGGAGAUUUUAGAAGCAGGCCGGUAUGAUCCGAUAUAUAUAUAUGUAUAUAUAUAUGUAUGUAUUUUUUUUUUUUUUGCUGAUAUCGGACCAAUAUCAAUAUCGGAUCGGGACAUCCCUACCUGACUAUGACAUAACCAAGUAGAUAAAGAUGUCAGCCUAAGAGAAAACAUUAACAAACGUCAUGGGUGUUAAGGUGUGAGAACCUCAGGACUUGCGUACUCACACACUCUGCCACUUUUUUUUUUUGUCAUUUUUUUCAGGUCCAGUCUCAUGAUGACUGUGGACCGGAGCUAUCUGACUUUUUAGUAACUAAAAUAGUGCAGCUUCUCCUCAGAGGAGCAUUAAGGGAUGAAGAACUGAUUAAGUGUGUGGAUCUGUGGUCUCAUAAAGCAUGAAUAGCUUACUUUUUGUUAUGGUCCUAACCAAAGUGGAAAAAUGUUUUCGGAGACAGUGAUGGCAUUAUAUGAGUUGAUGCUUGACUUCAUAGAGGAGGAAGUCAUGCACCACUUUUCACAUGCAACUUUGUAACGAUGAAAGCGGAGAGCGAGAUAGUAUUCUCCAAAAAGAGAAAAGGUUAUCCUGAGUCACGCUAACCUUUAAAACAUACUGCAUAACAAAAUGUUUAUGUAUGUCUAAAAAUACCUUGAUGUUGUCCCAAAUGUUCAAGUGUUUUAGGGGGAAAUGGUUAGAUCGCAAAUUCAAAGGUACCUGUGGAGUUUGAACCACUUGUUGCAUAAUUAUUCAUAGUGUUUUUCUUCUCAAGCAGAAGCUCUAAAACCCACCAUCUGUCAUUUUAUUAGCCUGUGUCUCAAAGUAGCUGCUCUGUCAAUUAACCCAACAUUUACAAGAUCCUCUGUAUUGACACAUGAAGUCUCGAAAAAGAAAAAAAAAAAACAAUAAUAUAUGUUAAUAUUUGAGCGAUUUUUUUCAUAACGCAGUGGUUUAUAAAAUUAGUGUUAUUUGGAAAAAGACCUUUGAACUCCUCCUAAUAUGAAAAGUGAAGCUGAAAUACAGCCUCCAUACUUGUGUGUUGUCAGAACUGACACACCUUUUCUGCUGUUAGUAGCGGCAGCUGUCUGUCAGUUUGUUAUAAAUCAUGGCAGAACAGAUUCUUGUAUUGGUUUGCAGUCAUGACUCAUGGUUAUGGACAGUUCAGUGACUCUUAUUUUCCUGCACUAAUCCCACCACAAGUGCUGCAGGAGCCUCAUAUAGUAACAGAGUUGUCAAAAAUGAUGACACAUCUCCUCUUUUAAGCAUCAAACAGCCUAAACUCAACCUCUCCAAGAAAGACAACAAAGAAACAUGCACUAGAAUCAGCAUUAUAAGAAGUAGCUAGUGACUAGAAGCAUGCUUGAUGUGUUUUCACUAUGAUCGGGUGCACAGUUGAGUUGACUGACAGGUGGGCACAAGCUUGUGUUUAGGUUUAUUAAAAGUUAAACUAGGAGUUAGCAUUUCUAUCAUGUCUUAGAUUGAGGUACUUCCACACCUGACCUGUUUGGUUUGGUUAAAAACGAACUUGAGUCCAUUUGCCAAGUUAGUGUUGUUUGUUUGCUGUGGUGUGAAAACUGUCAAUGAAACCAAACAGCUGUACUGUAUUGGUCCAGUUGUUUUCAAACUUAUGCGAGAACAUAAACCAAGCAAUGUCCAACCUAACUGCUGUAAGAACUGUGCUUUUUUGGGGGGGAUUCAAACAACACAGAUAAUCGCACAGUGUGCUGUCGGUGACGGGGUAAUAUAAUGUGAGUAAUUGUAAGCCUCUGCAGGAUCAAUCACAUGGCUUUGACAGUUCUUCAAUGUUUGCAGUGUUUCACAGCGGUAGAGGAGGUAGUGAAUGUCACGUAAAAGAGGAAUAUUUAGAUUUUAAAAAGUUGUGUCUGUCCGUCUGGUCAUUUUUCUGUUAGUGUCUUGUUUCUAGCGUAAAACAUCUGCACCCAGUUAAAGCAGCAUGCAUUAGGUUCUCCCUGAACAUGAAGUCCAUCAGCUAUACAUGUUUAUUGUUUACAGAUGGACGAUUAGCCUGUAUCCAUCAGUACAGUCUCAUCCAUCCUCAUAAAGUUGUCCACUUAUGGAGCAGGAGAGAUACCAUACGGGAAGAAGAAGUACAGUUAAGCCUCGAGAAGACAUGCAGCCAAGUCGUUUCCUUUGGUAACUGCUGAAAAUCUGACAUCCAGAUGCUGUAACACUUUUAUGCUUUGUUGUGCAAUGGCAUUUAUGAAAGGGGUUAUGUGCAUUGAGUCUGGAGUUACUCUGAUUUGAAACCCAACAGGGUGAGAAGGACACCUACCUACAGUGAUGGUUAGCAGGGCUUGCGCAAAUGCGUAUGUUGACAUUUAUGUCACCAUUAGGCUCCUCUUCUUCUUCUGUGCUUUGCUGUUGAUCCAUCUUAAAAAUAAACAAGGCAAAUGUCACAACUUUUGACUCUGGUACUAUAACCCCUCAUAGUUUAUUUAGUUAUGUGGCAUCACUAACUCAGAGUUGCUCUCACCAGCUCUGCUGUCAUUGCUGAGCCUUCAGGACAGGAUCUUUCUCCAGUUUUCCCUGUCAGGAUCUCCUCUGGCUGCUCUAACAUCUGUGCCCGAUAGCUGUCAUCAUUCACUGACUGUCUUAAGACCAUCGUGAGACAAGGACUAAUGGAUUAGCCACAGUGUCAACAGUUCGAGGUCGAAUGAGCUGGACCUCUUGAUUCACAUUGAUUUGAUAUGACGUGCGAUCAGGUUGUCCUUGGCGUCCCUCUGACAUUUCAGAAUUGAUUCCUACUGCUUUGGGUCUCCACCAAUCAGAAUCGAGUGUUUCACAAAUGUUAGAUAACCAGUGGACGUAAAACACAAGGACAAAUUAAGGUUUUAAAGAAUGACUUCAGCAUGACCACCAGCUGAACGUCAAUAUAGUUUGAACGGAAAUGUUUCAUAUUGAUGCUUUUUUUUCUUCUUUAGGGUGGGCCGAGGCAGGAGUUUGACAUGGAAGUGGCUCGAGCGGGCCAGGAGCUGAACCAGGAGGUGGAUCGUCUGAUGGUGGCGAUGAGGGAAAUGCUGGCGAACAUCAGGUUUCAGGAGCCACCCAGAGAGGACAACCCUUACAGAGAUGAGGAGGAGUGGGACUGAGGGUGGAAGGAGACAUUUUAAAAGGGGACGGAGAAAAAAGAAACAGAGACUUAAUGAAGUAAAAAAGGAAAUAUUCAAUGCUGUUUAUUGUAAUUAAAUAACGGAACAGGACAGUCAGUAAUUGUAUUUUAAAACUUCCACAACCCCAGGGUACUAACAAGACUGGAGGAGAUCAUUUGUUCACUUCUCUGCCGGUGAUGAUUCCUCUAGGAAAUCCAGACAGGAAGCGGAUGUGUCGUUUAACCCAUCACUGAUGGUUUUAUACUGGAUUAAGUCUCCCUCUGUUUGGGUCGGUUUGGGAUUAAAUUUAUUUGAAGAAAGAAAAGAGAUUUGAACUUUUAAGAUACCGCUGCCCUACCACUUAAGUGGAAUAAGGUUUAAUGAUCCGGAGAAGAAUCUGCAUCUUGUACAGAGAUCAAGAUUAUAAUAAAAUAAAAAGGUAUUAAGUUCAAAGUCAGUAAAGAUGAAGCCUUUAUUAACAAAUUAAUUUGUUUUCUCACAAAAGUUUCAAAAUCAAGCCAAGGAUAAAAAGAAAUGUGCUUUUGGAUUAUCAUUCAUUACAUUUCUCAAUUACUCAACACAAUGCCAAAUAUUAUGAAACAGGGGUGAUUGUAUUUGGGCUGAUAAGUUUCUUCUUUUUCCCGUUUCAUAUGUGCAUAUGAGUCCAGCAUGAUUGCAGUUUCCUCCUGUUUCCUGACCUGCUGAAAUCUACAGGUCUUCAUUAAAACUCUUGACAGUACCAGCAAUCUGCACUCAAGUCUCAUCCUGGAGGAAAUUCUUCAGCUAUACGGGUAUUUGUCUUAAAUUUGUUUGAUUACCAAAGUCUGAAAAACCAGAGCACAUAUUUCCUUAGCUGUAGUCUCUCAUCAUAACUGCAGGAUGUCUGCUGUGUUAUCAGCACUGUAAUCCUCCAUCUCUCCUGCUCUGUUUUGCUCCAGUCCUGUCAGUUUAAGUUGAUUUGGCAACAUUUCAAGAUUUGUGGCGGGCUCCACCCAGGAAAACAGAACAGAAUCGUGGUCUGAAUUUUACCACUUGCCUGCUGCUCUUCAUCAAGUAAAAUUCAGUCAAAGAUUAUGGUAGAUUAUGGUCAAUUUUUCCUAAACUGAUUUUAAUAUUUCCUUUUGCUCUCAACCCCAAAACUCAUGACCUCCAGGCUGGCAUAGGGUCAUAACUGCGCUCCUGAUAACAAAGUUAAUAUCUGUCAUUUCUAACCAACAUCACUUGACUUUAAACUUUGUCCUUGCCCCUUUUUUGCUUUUUUAGUUUCAAAAUAUUGAACCAUCAGAAUAAAUCCUGAAGACACUAAGCAAAUAAACCUCAGACUGUGGCUGUCUAUAUUCUACAUUUGGUGCUUGGUAAGCCUCAUGAUGAUUUAGUGUGACUGUGUCUGAUGAUCAAAUGAUGGCAUUGUUCCUAGUUUACCUGAAGCUAUGAUGGGGAACCUUCCAUGUGAUCCUUACAAAGUAUAGAAAGGCUUUCAUAUCCCUCAGAGGAGGAGACGUCUGAGGACCAGGAGCCAUUUGAGCGACUAUGAUGAUGCCGCUGCUGCUGCACAAAACAGCAUGUCUGCAAAGUUUAAUGCAAAAGUUAAAAGCAAACAACAGAGCACAGAUCUGUCUCAACCUUUUCUAUGAAGACAUAAAUCAAAAUGAUGCAGAAGUGUACUGCUGCAGCUAAUAUAAGUUUUAUUAAUGCUUAAUCUUUGUGUUGUCUGGUCAGAGACAUUGUGCAGGAAGCCUGUUGGUAUGAUCACUUUAGCUGUAAAAACCCAAAGACAUGUUCCUUUCACACAGAAAAGCUGUACCUGAUGAUUGUACAUAGAUUGUCUUUGAGCAUCCUGAAAACAGACCCCCAUAUCAGGCCAUGCAAACCCCCCACAGUAACCCUAAAAUGUGGAGUUAGCAUAUUUACUGAUUUACAGUCUCAUUUACUGAUAAUCUUCACAUUUAAGACCAAAAAGUCCUGUUUCAUCCUAGUUUUGAAAUGUUCCAGUCAUGGUAAUGUUCCCAAAUUUCCAUCAAAAAGAUUAAAACAAUUGACGAUUUUGACAAAGUCCAUAUCUGGAUACCAAAAUCAAUUUUAGAAGAGUUUAUUCCAUUUAAAAACAUCAUGUUUGUCACUGCUUCUUCACAUCACCACUUUUAGCUCAGUCUGGGUGGAGGUUGCGUAACAUCAAGUCAGGACUUUGAAUAACUUCAGUGUCACUCUGUCCCCCAGAAUGAAUUUAAUUAAACGCACUGUAACUGUUGAUUUGAAUCCAGGGACUCUAGUCCACAUGACAUAACACAAACUUACCAAACAAUCAUUUAGUUGUGUAUCCAUAGUCUAGUCAUUCAAAGACUUUACAUCUUUGUUCCAUUUUAAAUGCAAUAUUUGCAACCUAUCUAAAAAUCUCAAAUAAACCCUGCACUUCCCACGAGAUGCCCCCAUUUAUCUGAACUG